CCAGGACAAGAAAAACCUCUCAAACGCCGACUCUUCCCCCAUUGGAAUCCUCCACGACGACGACGACGGCACCCACGUCUCUCCGCCCGCCCUCUCCGCCCUCUCCGCGUCCGUUUUGCCAAUUGCGCGACUGUCUGUGACCUCCCACACACAAUCAAUCGCCGCCAUGCUGUCCUCAAUCUCCAGAGUUUCUAGCCGCAAGGCCGUCUCGGUCGCUGCCAGACUUGUCGCCAGGCCGGCCGCCGCCCGCACCUUCAUCGCCCCAACCGUUUCGCGGAGAGCCGACUUUGUCCAGGAGCUCUACCUCAAGGAGCUCAAGGCCUACAAGCCCGUGCCCGUCAAGGAGUCGGACGCCCAGGGCCAGGUCGCCACCUUUAGCGUGCCCAAGGCGCCCCAGUCCCCCGAGGAGGCCGACCUGGCCGCCAGCCUGAAGGAGUACGAGAGCAUGGCCGUCGAGGUCGAGGGCCAGGACGCCGGCGCCGACGCCUCCAAGGCCCCGGCCGCCGUCGAGGACUGGCUCGUCGAGGAGGAGGAGGAGGACAGCCACGGCAGCCACUAAGAGAAAAAAAAAACAUGUUUAAUCUUUUUUUUUUUUUUUGUUAACGACACGGGGGGAAACAGAAAACACCAGAGGGGCGGGUUUGGCGUGACCCCGCUCCCUCGGCUCUGUCCGGCCCAUCCCCGAGGUCCGGAAGAGAAAGGGGUAGGCCAAUGUUGCGGAGAGAAGACACGGGCGUUUUUGCCUCGAAGCGAAUGGCGGGGUGGCAAUCCCGGGGGUGGUACGGGUUUGGUCAAGACAAGGGGGUGAAGUUCGAGCGGGGGAAGUACCUCAAAAGAGGCGUCUCUCUCUUUACCUCGCCUGUUGAUAUUUGUUGUUUUCAUGCUCACUCCUUAGGCGCGGCCGUCGGCGCCGCACUCGCUCCUCCCCGGUUGUUUGUCCUUGAGGGGGAGGAGCGGGCUUGUAUAAUACGUGGCAGUUGCCAGAUCGAAAAAAAUGAAUGAUUUGACCC